UAGAUACAAUUUGACGAGUGAUUUUACCAGUGAUGAAGCGAUGUGAUAUGUUUUUUUAAGAUAUAUAUAUAAGACCCUGGGAGUGAGGAGACAGUGAUGGUGGUACGUGUGUGUGUGUGACGACGAUUCAUGAAAAACACACAUUCUGACACACGUGAUUUUACCAGUGAAGAAGCAAUGUGUCAAGUUUUCAAGAUAUAUAUAAGAACCAGUGGAUGAGGACCUGGGAGUGAGGAGACAGUGCUGGUGCAUAGGAAACGGCAAGGGACAAAAUGAUAGACUGAAACCGUCCUCAAAACAAAAUGCUGCUUCAGUGCGGAGUGGACUAAGGAAGACGGACGCUGAGAGUGAAAUAUACCCCAGGAAAUGAUGGGAACUUUUUGGCAUGUGUCCGGGUCCACCAUAGAAGCCUUCCCAACACUUCCCUUAACCUGACUGCUGGAAAUUAAGAGACGUGGGGCAGUGAGAGAGUGUCCUCCUCUAGACAUCCAUUCCUCGCCCUCUCCGCCUUCGUCCCACCCCGCCAUGGCCACCGUCCGUCUACUACCGCUUCUGCUCCUGUUCUUGUACCUGUGUCUCGCCCCCUCCUCCGCCGCCGCCGCUCCAGCAGUGCCCGCGCCGCCAACAAAAUGCCUGGCGACGACGCAGACGGAGGUACAAUGGGCGUGGCCUCCCCUGGUGGUGGAGAUCCGAGCCUGGGCCGAUCCUACGCUUCCUGACGCGCCGAUUCUUCAAGUAACCGACCCUGACACCUCCAGCGGGUCUUCUCUAGCUAUCCUAUACUCAGAAGGGGUGAAGGUGGAUAAGGAGGUGGAUAAGGGAGUGAAAGAGAGGUGGGAGGAGAGGAUAGGGCCAGGCUGGGUGCAUCUUCGCCUCACUGUCACGGAGAAUUUGACCUUGAGCACCGCGGGACAGCAUGGCACGCACCUGGCGAGCGUUUUCCUCCCGCCCCACUUGCAUAGUCUCCACCUGACGGCCAGCAACCUAACCACCGACUGCCACACAGGACGCGUGGUGUGGCGGGUGGAGGGGGACUGGGUAAGCGUCCCUUUAGCAGAAGAACGACAGGGCGGAGGAGACGGAGGAACCAGCUACCAUCACCCUUUCCUCUUAUACUCCCGCCACGAAGUCCUCCCGUCCUUAACCAUCCCAGGCAGUUUAAACAUCCUCACUCUAGCCUGGGAUCCCGUUAAUGCACAUAUCAACGCUACCACUACCUCCUCAAACCCCCUAACUAGAGUCGAGAGUGAGGUUACGCCAUUUGAAGACUCCACUACAGGGUUGGAAGCUUCCUCUGGCGUGACUGCCCUCCCUCCCGCUAGCCUAUUACAGCCGCUGCCUCCUCUCACCCCCUAUCGUAUGAGGCUUGCGUGCAGGGACGAGGGUGAUGAGGAUGGUGAAGAGGAGGGCGUGUUGUGUGAAGUGAGGGAGGACACAGAGGAGGGGAAGGAAGAAGGAGGGCGUCUGCUGGGGACCCUUCACGCCCCCUCCACACCCCUAGUGCUUCGGGUUCGCGGUGAAGGGCCAGAAACACUCUUCCUCCAGCAAGACACAACGCCUUCAGAGCACCCAUCCGCCGCCAGCCUGUCACCCUUGCAUCCCACCCUCUCCUCGCCGCCGUCACCGCCGCCCUCCCUCACCAACCCACCAAAGCCCGAGCCUGACCCCUCCCAGGACACCCUACAGCCCCCGACCACGCCAACACCUGCGCCAGAUGGGUCAGGAGGCGGCGGAUCGAGUGGGCAUCGCAGCGGCACCUCGGCGGGCUGGAGCGGCUGGUGGGUGAUUCUGACGGCGCUGCUCGCUUUCCUCCUGGUCUUUGCCAUCAUCAUGUGCUUCGUGUCGCAUUACCACAGACCCAAGCUGGAGAAAUACCUCGAGGGUCUGCAUCUGAUCCCGGAGGGUUCUUCACUAGAGGACCUGCUCGACCUCCCGCAGCAGCAGCAGGAGCGCCGCCCCCUCAUGCUUCGCUCCGUGUCCGUCAUCAACACGGAGGACUUCAACGCCGCCGCGCCGCUGAGGUUAUGGAACGCGGUGGCAUCAGGGGACGAGAUGGAGGUGAAGCAGGUGAUGGCCACGCUGAACCCUGACCCCAACUCCACCCUGGCGGGGAUGGACACGACGCCCUACGAAGAGGCCCACCACCGCGGCCACACCCCCGUGCUGCGCGUGCUGGAGGAGGCCAUGGAGAAGCGCCCCGACACGCCCCACAACGAUAUGGUCAUCAGCGUGUUGCAGGCACACACGAAGAAGGUGGAUGCCGUGUUCGAGGCCGCGAGUGGAGGCCAGUACAGACACACAGCGGGCGUCGAUGUCCUGCUGAGGGCCUACAGUCUCCCCGGCACCGUCCACGACCACCAGGGCCGCUCCCUCCUGCACUACGCUGCCUCCGUCCAACUGGCUGACGGCGGCCCGCUGUGGCUGGCCCAGGACGUGCGAAGUUUGGUGGAGAGUCACGGGGUGUUGGUGAACGCCGUGGACUUCAAAGGCUGCAACGCGUUACACCUCCUCAUGGAACACGCCAAGAACAACGAAGAAAUCACGUGCUGGGACGGAAAGACGCUGAGUGUGUGCGAAGCGUGGCUGGGUCUGGCCAGCCUGCUGAUGGAGGUGGGCUGCGACCCUCGCCUCCUCGACCACCGCUACCGUCCACCUCACCAGCUACCCAUAGCAGAGCAAAAACCUCGCCUGGCAAGUCUCCUGUCUAAGGCCGCGGCCAGUCUGGGAACACCGAAAUCCUCGCCCUCGCUUGAUAAGUUCCCCGAGAUGGUGCACGCGUCGGCCCGGGGAGACGAGGACGCUGUGCGGCGGCUCCUGGUGAGCGGGGUGCGUGUGCUGCCGCUCGGGGGCCACCGAGACCCCCUCCUGGAGGCCGUGAGGGGCGGCCACCGCAACACUGUCUUCCUCCUGCUGGCAGCAGGAGCUCCACUUUGUGCUUACGGGCUUCUGGGUAACACACCCUUCGACGCCGCCCACCGCACCCUGGGCCUCCCCGGCCUCUUCCGGCCCUCAUCAGGAAGGAGUUUUGUGACAGACUGCAGGAAGAGCUGGAGGAACUUAGUGCGUCUGACAAGGAGCACACCGGCACCGUCGAGGGACUCAUCCAACUCAAGAGCAUCGCCGAGGUGUCCGGACACAGACUUGGGGAUCAACUGAACAGCUGGC